AUGUGCUACCCUAAAGCACUGUCGGUCACUUUCUUUAGUAUGUACCAAUUUCCACAAAUCUAUUGUGGUAUUGACUCCAGAGACAAGGUCCCAUAUGUCUACCUGGAUGAGGAUGAGAGAGUUACCGACAAUGCCGGAAUUACUUUUGAUAUAGAUAGCGUCGUGGCCUUUCCAUCUAACAUUGCUGUUGCUAAGCAAGGAAUCCACUGGUCGCCUACCCAGAUGGCUGUAUCUGAUCUUCAGUCUGAUCUCCACCUUCAAUCGAUCCCCGUUACAUAUACUGAUACGAGUGGGAAACAACAUCAAGUCCACCGGCCGGUACACCACAUUCCACACUAUACAUUCGGUCGUCUUAUCGGAUUUGAAGAUAUAUCCCUGUAUCUUCUAUUUCCAAAGUUAUAUCGGGAAGAGCAAAAGUGCAGCAAGAUUAGAGAUGAAGACUUUCGGCUGUGGAUGGAUGGCAUUCUUCUUCCUGCAAUAUACAAAUGUUAUAGCGCAGCGCAUGUUCAGCAUUAUCCCUCGAGUUACGACCACGGUCGAUAUAAUUCUACCGCUCGCGGAGUGGAGGGUCUCUCGCAACGUGUGCACCCGGUGGGACGCGAGCAACGACUGGUAUACUUUUUGCAGCCAGAUGCAUUGGAAGAAGUUUGGGCCCACAUUACCACUGCCAUUCGAGAUCCAGGGUUUCAGCAGUUUGAGGAUAUCAUUAUCCUUCUCCAAGGCAAGAACUUGAAGGUUCUUACAAAAGAUGUUACCUGGGAUAAGAUGAUGACACGAUUUCGAAACUACUGGACCAGCGCAGUCGAUGAGAGGUAUACCACGCCAGAGGUCUACUUUGAUAUCGGGAAAGAAACUUGCCCUCAGCAGGCAUCUCAGGUUGUACCCUGGAGCCAACUGGCAGCCGGGGUUAUGGAAAGUCCGAUAGAGAAACGGGCGGAAACACUGCUCUACCGGCGAUGCUGCCUGGAAUCGUAUGCCUGUCAGGUUAAGAAUAGGCUUGCCAAGGAUGGAGGAACCCAAAAGCAGGUCUUUUAUCCGUUCAGUAUGCUUCGAGACACUGGUAGUUUGACCAUUGAGACUGGAAAGCACUCUUCACGCCGAGCUGCUGGUCUUCUUUACUCUCAGUUCUACUCCAGUGUCAAGGAAGUGUUUGCAGCAGGAAACGUAUACCCGUUUACAAAUACAGCGAUCGAGACCCUUGCUCUUGACAAGAAGCUAAGAAAAACGUGGGAACUCGUUGGAGGCGGUCUAAGUCACCAGCCGGCUGCAUUGAUCAAGGCAUACCUGUACACAAAGCUUCGAUGCCACUAUGCCCUGUUGGGAUCUAUGCAGAAAUCUUUUGGCAUUAGAGAAGAGCAUCGUGUUUCUAAGGAACUUUUCGACGCUAUCGACAACCGGAUGAGAUCCCGAGAGCUUCACAACCAGCGACUCAUCAUACCCACAGACGAUAACUCGCCAUACUAUAGCUUCACGACUGAUACCUUACUUCGAUGGGUGCGGUGGAACAUCAAUAAGUUCUGCGUGGGGUUCGAGAUGGUGUACAGCUUCCAAGAUCCACAUUUUGUGACUUGGGAACACACGAGGGUCAUGAUGAUGUUUCUUCGCUGUCUCCAAUUCUCAUAUACAGGCGGAUUGAUACAGAAAGUCGGUGGCUGCUGGCAAGAUGUUCGUCAGCAACCUGAUGCACGUCAGCCAAAUGGACUUCGCCGCCACGAAGGCCUUGGCUUUAAGCUCACCAUGGAAAAGUAUGGCUAUGCCUGGUUUCUUGACAAGAUUGAUUGGAACACGCUUACUUUCCGCCAACCCUAUGCAGCCUAUAUGAUGUUCAACAAUCCAUCGAUGCAGAAUGUGUACCGCGCCCGGUAUCACCAAGUCCGAGAUGUACGGAUUGAUUUUAUUCGAGUCAACAAGGCUUACCAGUGGAUGCUUGAGUUCAGCUCAAUUCCUGCUUGUCUUCAUCUCAUGGAAAGAUAUCUGCGAGAGCUAUGCCUAUGUGCGUUUCGUAAAGACGUCUUCUUUCACGCCAAGUCGGCUUUGAAGCCGGAAUACCUAGAAUCAGCAUUAGCAGGAGAGAUUCCCCUCUGCUAUCACAGUGUCAACAACGCCGUGCUCAAGGAACACCAGCCACUCCAGCUUGCAGAAGGAAAUCGGUUAGCGGUAAAGAAUAUCGACGUCUUGUUUGCCUGGCUUUGGAAAUCAAAGGAUGAUCAUUUUGAGCGGCAAGGAUGGAACGAGAAGCCAUACCGUAUGCUAUUCCAACAGAGCUUCCAUGCUAUCAAAACCACACGAGGCAAAGCUAGUGCACGGAAAUGGCGUCAAGAAUUAAAACGGUCGUUUCUUGGCAGCCAUUGGAUUCUCCCGUAUCCACACAGCCGCGGUUUUAUCCGCAAGGACAAAGAGGAAAAGCAGUUUGUCUGGUGGCCCAUUGCACAUCCGGGACUUAUCAAGUACUACGCUAGAUCCCGCCAGACCGGAACUAUUUCGCAUCCCCUACCAUCAUCUAGCAUCCAACAUCAUCCUCUUGACGGCUGGCAACUAGCAACCAAUUUGAUUUCCAAUAGAUACAUGCCCUAUGUCAUACAGCCUGAGCAGGACUUAAUUCGACUCUCUGAGGACGAGUUUUAUGCACAGCUAGUUUGUCUUCGGGAGAGAGUAUCAGCCGACCUGACCCAAAGCACUUUCCCAGCGCCUACGCUAGAGCUAGACAAUUCCACUGGGGGUUACUUUCCAAGCCGAUGGUGCCCGGUAAAACAGAUGAAAGUCGCCAAGACGUUUGAGGAAUGUGAUAACGCUAAUGAUUGUAUAUGGUUUUUGAACAAGGCAUUGGAAAGGUACGAACAUCUCCAACACGAUCAAGUAAGACGACGAAACAGGCGGCGUCUGAAUCGUGCUAUAAUGCAAAUGGAUAACGAUUCGGAUUCAACCUCAGAAGGUGAAGAGGCUGAGUGUACCUCGGAUGAAGAGAGCCUAGUUAUGAUGCGAAAGAAGCAGGCGCAAGUCGUGCGCAAUAUGGAAACCCAAGUGCAUGAGCUCAUUGAAGCACAUUAUCGAAGAUAUCCGCAGUGGAAGAAGUGUUACGACCCGGAGCUGAGAGAGCUAAAUUACCGCCUAGCGAAAGUUGAAUGA